AUGGCUUCCGAUGCAGGCGACCAGGUCGAGAACGACUCAGCACAGUCUACAACAGAUCAACACGUCACCGAGGAUCCGAGACCAGACUCGCCCGAGGACCGCGACAGCCUGGAGCUGUCGGAACCGGCAGGAAUUGCGAAAGAAGGAGAUGAAUCCGCCGAGUCUCAGUUAAGUGAAGAAAAUGAUGAAUACAGGGAGCAUACCGCUUCCCCGGGUGGCGAAGAUGACAUGGCGGGGAAGUCAAUCUUGGAAAUCUUAGACUCACCCGCGGUACAUAUCUCUGCCCCUGAAGAAGCACCUAUGAGUCCUAUUAGCGAAAGUCAGGCUUUUCCCAACCCCCAGGAUCUAGACACGCUCUAUCCCGAGGUCUACGAGGGCGACAAGGAUAGCUAUCGGAGUGACUCAAGCAAUACGGGGUCUAGUCAGUAUGGCGACCUCGGGGAGAUGGAGAACACCCUCAAAUCCCUCCAAGAGGAGCUUCAGAAGCAGAAGUUUAGCAGCAGCCAUAUCAGCAACCAAGCCGCCUCCAUGGAGCAGGUCAUCGAUACUCUCGAGGAGGACAACGCGCGACUCCUCACCAAGGCCGAAGAUUUGGCAGCAGGCCAGCGGUCCGACGAGAGCCAACUCAAGUAUCAGGAGCUUUCCGAUAGCAUACAGAAACGAAAGGAAAAGUUUGUGGACCAAGCCGCCGCGGCCAAAUCUCGAAAACCCCCGCAGAGGAAAUUUACGAUCGCCACUACAAGGAUCGCCUUUGGGAGGCCACUUCCAGAAGAAGAAAGAUUGCUCAAGAGCCUGAGCGAGGAGAUGGGGAAGCUAUCGCCAUACCUCAACGUCGCCUCGGCGGACGAUGACCUGUGCGACAGGCUCGCCGAAGGGGAACGGCCAAUGCAUGAACCUGAGAUAGACCCCGGGCGCCGAGAGGCCGAGCUUUUGAGGCGAAUAGAUCUAUACAAGCGCUACAUUGACAAGCACAAGGCCGAGAGACUACCCAACAACGACGCGGUUGUUCUAAACCUAGGAGAGCAAUUGCAGGAGGCCCUGGAUAAGAUUGGCACCCUCAACGAGAGGUGCACCGCCUCUGAGGAUCAGCGGGAUCUCGCCAUCGCGCAAGUCAGGGACAGCGAGACAAAGAUAGAUCUUUUAAAGAGGAAAGCCCGGCACCACGAGACGCGGCAGGCAGAGAUACAACGGUCGUCAACGACCUCAUCUGGAGAUCCUCCCGACCAAGGAGCGCAAGGCUUGGCCUCUCAUCAAUCCAGCCACGAAAACGAGAGCCUAGAUUCGCGUAGCAGCCCCGGACCAGACAUCAUGUACGAAAAUCUUGCUGACGAGCUUGAAGGCCUUGACGGAAGAGAAGAUGAUCGGCGCACCUCCAUAUUGGAAAGCGGCGGCUUUCAUAACGACGCCUCGAUAAGCGAUAUGCUCACCCUCGCCUCCGUCAAUGCCGAAAAGAACCAGCUAGCCCGAGAGUUGGAGCAAUGCUCGUUGAACAAUAAGAUGCUGAAGAAGCAGCUCCACGAGUCUCACGGAGAGUACCAGGCCUUGUCUAAGGAACUCAAAGCUCUCAAAGAUCAGAUGUCAAAGAAAGAAGAGAAUACCAGAGCAACAAAUACGGAAACGGAACUAGGUUCGUCUGAAUCGUCAGACUCCGCCGACAGCCGAGAUGCCGGUCCGAUGAUGAAAAAGUUUUGCAUCUCGCGUCACAGCUUAGAGCCUUGA